AUGGACAAUGUGUCCUUCCACUCUGCAGAAUUUGCUCAGAGGUGUAAAUUUGUAUUUCAAAGGAGGAUUGAUGUUGAAAGAAAGUUGAGUGAAGAGGUCUUGAGUUAUAAGGAGAUCCUUGAUCUUCUUGAACAUGCUGGCUUGAUGAAGACUGUCAAAGGGUUGAGUAAGUGUUUUAUUCAGUUGAUUAGGGAGUUCAUUGUGAACAUUACCUCUGAUUGUGAUAAUGAGGACAGUGUUGAGUACAAAAAGGUGUUUGUGAGGGGGAAGUGUGUAGACUUUUCUCCUGAAGUAAUUAAUAACUAUUUGGGCAAAAGCCCUGAUGCGGUGGCUGAGAGGGAGCCUGAUUUGGACAGGGUUGCUAACACCCUAACUGGAAGAUUGAUCAAGAAGUGGCCAAAGAAAGGGUUGUUACCCUCUGGAAAGUUGACUGCUAAGUAUGAUGUAUUGUACAAAAUAGGCACUGCAAAUUGGAUGGCUACCCAACAUAUGUCUGGAGUGACUCCUCCAUUGGCCAGAAUGCUCUAUUUGAUUGGAACAAGAGGUGAUUUUGAUUUUGGAAAUCUUGUCUAUGAGCAAACUCUCAAGCAUGCUGGAUCUUUUGCUGUGAAGCUGCCUAUUCUGUUUCCUUGUCUCUUGUCUGGGCUGAUUGUGCAUCAACAUCCUAACAUUGUGAAGGUUGAUGAACCUCUAGGUAAGAAACCUCUGCCUCUCAAGUUUGAUUACCGCUUGUUUGCAGGGACACAUGUUCCAGACAUUAUGUUGUCUGCUGCAAAAGGGACUUCUAGUGCCAGUGGCACUAAGGUACUUGGGUCGAGCAAGGAGGAUAUUGUGGCUGAGUUACAAAAGAUUUCCAAGAUCUUGCAAGACACAUUUAGACAUGCAAGCCCAGUAGGCUCUAUGACUUUUACUUCUCUAUGGUCUGUAAUAAUUCAUACUCUGUACACACUGGCUGUCUCCAAUGGAAGUCUAUGUAUGUGUUUUCUGCGAUUGGUUGUGUACAUAGCUGCUGAUAAUGGCUAUGAUGGUGGUUUGAGUGUAAGCUACCUUGAUAUAUUCUGUUUGCUCUGA